GGGUAUUUGUUGCAAGUGUUUGAUAUUCGAAUUUCACCUGAAUAUCAAGAGCAAGAGUGUUCCCUUCUUACACAGAUUGUAAGGAUCGACUUUCGUUGAUACUAACAUAAAGUUACACAUCAGUACGCCGAUAAAAGCAUACACAUAAUCGGUAUCGAUUGCGUCGCAUAUUUUGUAAUAUUGAUGAUUAACAAAAUCUGCAGGUUUUUUGUCCUUUAGACUUAAUAUCAAUCAAAACAUAUAUCUCGAUUCAACGAACAAUACUUCAAAAUGACAGCUACACCACACAACAAUUUCGAUUUUAUAAUCGUAGGAGCUGGGCCAGCCGGAAUGUCCCUCGCAGCACGCCUCUCAUCGGCUCCUUCUCAUCCAUCUGUCCUCCUCGUUGAAGCCGGAGGUCCCAACAAUGAUCAAGAAUAUCUCGUUCCCGCUGAUCGCUUUACCUUAUUUGCUACUCAGCCCUCCUUGAAUUGGGGAUACAAGACAGAGCCCUGUUCUCAUCUAGGAGGUCAACAAAUAGAUUAUUCCCGAGGAAAAGGAAUUGGUGGCAGUACGGCUCUUAAUUUUUCCGCUUGGGUGGUCGGGGGAGCGGAGGACUUCAACGCCUGGGCUGAAAAGGUCGAUGAUGAUGCAUGGUCAUGGACGCAUGUUAAAGAACGUCUCAAAAAAAUCGAACACUACCAUGAUGAAAUUCCAGACCAAUAUCGCGAGUUUGUGAAUCCAAACCCAGAAGAUCAUGGAACUGAGGGGCCACUUCAUCUUUCUUACGCUUCGGUUUGGGAGAAGGGUUUAACGGAUGUCUUUAUAGCAGCUAAACAAGCUGGAUUGCCGUUGAAUACUGAUAUAAAUUCUGGGAAUCCGAUUGGAAUGGGUAUGGGCUCCUCUUCUAUGCACAAUGGAUUGAGAACAACCGCUUCGUCUUAUUUACCAUUAAUGGGUCCGAGAUUCGAAACUAUCCUCAACGCCCCCGUCGCGAAAGUCCUAUUUGAUGGAAAGAAAACGAUAGGUAUUAGAACAAUUGAUGGUCGAGAAUACUAUUCUCGCAAAGAUGUCAUCUUAUCAGCCGGUGCAUUGAAUAGUCCUCAACUUCUCCUCCUUUCGGGAAUUGGUCCUGCUUCCGAACUUGAAAGACACAAUAUACCAAUCAUCAAAGAUCUUCCACAAGUAGGAAAGAAUCUUCAAGAUCAUUCCUUUUCUACCACCACUCUGCUACUGAAAGAAGGAUCAAAUGAUCGCAUGGAAUUCGAAAUGAAUGAAGAGAUGAAAAAAACUGCAAAAGAAGGUUGGAUUAAAGAUAAAAGUGGAAAAUUGGCCGAACUUUAUUGCGGUGUUCCGAUGGGAUGGUUCAAGAAUGAAAAGGUUUUGGAAUCAAAAGAAUUUAAUGAUCUAUCGGAGGAUAAAAAGGCUUUUUUGAGACAGAAGAAUGUUCCUGCUUUCGAAAUUGCUACGCACACACCUCCCCUUUUCACGGGCACUCACGUCCUCUCCCCAACAGAUUGCUACCUGACGUGUCUCUCCUUCGUCAUGAACCCUCAAGCAGCAGGCAGCAUCACACUUUCUUCUGCCGACCCCUCUGUACCACCGAAGAUUGAUGCGAAUCUAGUUAACCAUCCCUAUGAUCGCCGAGUUCUUAUUGAAGCAGUAAGGAAGACGAUGGAGUUUUUAGACACGCCUGUUUUUAGGGAGAAGACUGUGAAAAUGAUUGGGGUUCCUGAGGGUGGUGUUGGGGCGAGUGAUGAGAGUAUUUGGGAACACUGCCGGAAAAAUCUCUUCAGUAGUUGGCACAUGUGCAGUACAGUCCGCAUGGGUAAAGAUAAAGAUGAGAAUACAGCAUGUGUAGAUACGAACUUCAGGGUAUUGGGCGUGGAAGGUUUGAGAGUGGUAGAUUUGAGUGUAAUUCCAUUGUUGCCCAAUAAUCAUACACAAUCAACAGCAUACCUAGUAGGUGAAACGGCAGCCGAGAAAAUGAUUGAAGAAUAUUCGCUGGAUUCACCUGGUACUAAUUCUACUCGGGGGAAUGCUGGGGGUAGUGGUAAUUUUAGGUCCAGUCUUUAGACUCGAGAAGGAUGUGGGAUGAGCGAGGAAGGUAUCAUGAGAUAGGGCAUUGAAUAUGGGUUAAAGGAUGUGAGAUGGAGUUAUUGAGGUUAUGAGACAUGUUGAGAAUGUUUGUAUUGCUAGACGUUUUCAUAUCUUGAGUUCUUUAGGUUUCAGGUUUGUCUUGGAUUGGUUUUUCUAAUUGAGAGUUCAGGCUCAUGAUUCAGCGGAAUGUUGUUGAGAUAACGGGAUUAGCAUUUGGUACCUGUUUGUUGUCUCGAGCUUUCACAAAUUUCGAUUCACUUUUACGUCACUUCAAAGUUUCUUUUAAAGAUUCCCGAGCUUCUCAAUGGAGACUUGAUACGAUCCAUCUGAUGGUGCAAGCAAGGAGGUUUUUAAGUAAUACGGGCUCUUUUCGUAAAAGGAUGGCUUCAGGAUAGAAGAAAUAGAAGCUACAUGCACUAUCACCAGCACAUCGCCAGAAUUUACCGAUGGAGAAAGAACGAAGGACC